UUCUGUUUAGGGUUUACAGAAACCCUAAAUCUCAGUUGCGGAUUUCGACCCUGCGCAGGCCUUGGCGCGAAACAACUCGAGAUGGGUAAGGAAGUUAAGGCCAUGGUUCCUGAGUCAGUGUUGAAGAAGAGGAAGAGGAGUGAAGAGUGGGAAUUGGCAAAGAAACAGGAAGUUGAAGUCACAAAAAGGAAGAAUGCUGAGAAGCGAAAGCUGAUUUUUAGUCGAGCUAAGCAAUAUUCCAAAGAAUAUGAGCAGCAGGAGAAAGAGCUCAUUCAAUUGAAGCGUGAGGCAAAGUUGAAAGGAGGAUUUUAUGUUGACCCUGAAGCCAAGCUUUUGUUCAUUAUUCGGAUUCGCGGAAUCAAUGCCAUGCACCCUAAGACAAGGAAGAUUUUGCAGCUCUUGCGUUUGAGACAGAUCUUCAAUGGUGUGUUCCUUAAAGUUAACAAGGCAACAAUGAACAUGCUUCACAGGGUUGAACCCUAUGUGACUUAUGGCUAUCCUAAUCUCAAGAGUGUGAGGGAAUUAAUUUACAAGAGGGGUUAUGGAAAGUUGAACAAGCAGAGAGUUGCUUUGACUGACAACUCUAUCAUUGAACAGGCUCUGGGCAAGUACGGCAUUAUCUGCACAGAAGAUCUUAUCCACGAGAUUAUGACUGUAGGGCCUCACUUCAAGGAAGCAAAUAAUUUCCUAUGGCCAUUUAAGCUUAAGGCACCUCUUGGUGGUCUUAAGAAGAAGAGGAACCAUUACGUUGAAGGAGGAGAUGCUGGAAACCGUGAGAAUUACAUCAACGAGCUCAUCAGAAGAAUGAACUAGGUUAGCAGUUCUGUAAUUUAGUUGCUCGGUGUACGCCUAUUUUUGUCAGAACGAUUUCGUUUGGAGUUAGAAAAAGUUUUUUUCUCUCCUGAGAGCAGAGAAAACGUCAUGGUUUUUCAAAUUCUAUUUUGUGACUUAAAUUUCAUUUAAGCUUGUAAUGAAAAUGUUGUUAAGAUGCUUGAAUGAUGAUAUUAAUAUCUGUUAGUCGGUAGCUUCCUCUGUUAAAUUUUCAGCUUGUGUUGGAUGCUUAUCUUUCUUUACAUCUCCUGUUAAGAUACAAUUCUAUUUGCUAAAACCUUUUAUAAUGUUCUAGUCUUCUAGAUCUGAAAUGUUGUGGAAGCUUUAUGUAAAACUUGCACACGUAAAUGGGUCUUGUUUCACCCCCACGCAAAGUUGGGAACCUUCGCAAUGGCUUUCCUCCUUGGCGUUGGUGACGCUCUUCUUCCCUUUUUCUUUUUCUGCACAAUUUAAACAAGACUUCACCGACCCCGGACGACUUAAUAAUUUAAAAGGAUUUGG